AUGAAUCGCUCUUUUAUCAAGGUUUUGGCUUUAUUUACUUAUCUAAUGGAGCCGAUCAACUUAAGAGUUGUGGAAGCUAAGGAGCAUGACCCCAGGUCCUCGUCAAACCUGUCUCCAUCAGACUUUCUCGACUCGCUCAUGGGCCGUACAUCGGGCUACGACGCACGAAUCAGACCAAAUUUUAAAGGUCCUCCUGUAAACGUUACAUGCAAUAUUUUUAUCAACAGUUUCGGCUCGGUCACUGAGACCACCAUGGAGUGCUUUGGCAUUCUCUGGCUAAUUCCUCUUGUCUUGUCCAUUGUGUCACAAACUGCAGGUCCACCAGUUAAUGUCACCUGCAACAUAUUUAUCAACAGCUUUGGUUCUAUAGCAGAAACUACUAUGGAUUACCGAGUGAACAUCUUUUUGCGUCAGAAGUGGAAUGACCCCCGGCUGGCGUACAGCAAAUACCCCGACUCCUCUCUGGACUUAGACCCCUCCAUGUUGGACUCCAUAUGGAAGCCCGAUCUCUUCUUCGCCAAUGAGAAAGGCGCCAAUUUCCAUGACGUCACCACGGACAACAAGCUGCUCCGGAUCUUCAAGGAUGGAACGGUCCUCUACAGCAUCAGGCUGACACUGAUCCUGUCCUGUCCCAUGGAUCUCAAGAACUUUCCUAUGGAUGUUCAAACAUGCACAAUGCAGCUAGAAAGUUUUGGCUACACCAUGAAUGAUCUGGUGUUUGAGUGGCUCGAGAAUGGGGCUGUCCAAGUGUCCGAAGGCCUCACUUUGCCUCAAUUCAUCAUGAGAGAGGAGAAGGAGCUUGGAUACUGCACUAAGCAUUAUAACACCGGCAAAUUCACAUGUAUAGAAGUGAAAUUCCACUUGGAGAGACAGAUGGGCUACUACCUGAUCCAGAUGUACAUCCCGUCCCUUCUGAUCGUCAUCCUCUCCUGGGUGUCUUUUUGGAUAAACAUGGACGCCGCCCCGGCCAGAGUAGCACUGGGCAUCACCACUGUGUUGACAAUGACCACACAAAGCUCUGGCUCUAGGGCUUCUCUUCCAAAGGUCUCUUAUGUAAAAGCCAUUGACAUCUGGAUGGCUGUCUGUCUGCUCUUCGUUUUUGCGGCGCUGCUUGAAUACGCUGGGGUUAAUUUUGUCUCCAGGCAACAGAAAGAGUUUCUUCGCUUGAGGAGAAGACAACGGAGGAAUCAAAAGGAUGAGGACAUGCAUGAAGGCCGCUUUAACCUGGCCAGCUACAACAUGAGCCUGCCAACCAAAGAUGGCUCAGCUGUGAAGAACGCAGCUCCAGCUUCUAACCCCCCUCUGCCGCCCGCUCCCAAAGACACAGACGCCAUGAAGAAGAAAUUUGUGGACCGCGCAAAAAGGAUAGACACCAUCUCCAGGGCAGCAUUUCCACUGGCCUUCCUCAUCUUCAACGUCUUCUACUGGGUCACCUACAAAAUCAUCAGACACGAGGACAUACAUCAGAAAUAG